CAACGAAGGAUGACUAGGAUAUCCUCAUGCAGAGGCCAUGGUAUCACCGUGUAAGGAUCUUCGUCAGCCAUACAUUUCUAGUAAUCUAUUUUGGCCCAAUCCGGCAAUGGUGGUCACCUGAGAUACACUUCCCCUCUUUCUCCAUCGCCAUACCGGACCACGAUGAUCGUCCGGCUGCAGAUCUGGAAACUCUGCAAUUUACAAAGAAGUUCUCUUCCACCAGUGCAGCUCUGCGCUCAUCCACUCAAUCAGAAACCGCUGGUGUGGUGCUGCACCGCCAGCAUGUCCGUUGUCUCGUGAGCCCAUGCAGUCACCGAAACGUGUCACUGGUGUCUGACAAAGUCCACCAAUCCCACCACAGAGGAUCACUUUGAACAAGUGGACGGGACGUGGGAAAACAAAACGGUGGUGUCGUCGUAUCUGCGUCUCCUCCCCCCCCUUCCCACGUUGUUUUGUCACGGACAAGGAUCGCUCUGCCGGCAGUUAGUACCCCUAGUAUUUACGACGGAGUACAUCGCCCUUCCGACCCCCCCUUGCCCCUCCCCCCUCCUUCAAGUCGGGGAGAUGGAUCUGGAAUACAGGUCGGACAGGGUGUCCACCCACCCUGACGCACCGUUGCGUCGUCCUCCUCGUCCUCCACAUCCCCCUCGCCGGUCGCAGAUUACCACCCCCUCCCACUCCACCCCGGUGGUCGAACCCGUUGGUCCCUCUCACCAACCCACCCCAGCUGGCAAUAGCAAUCGCGACUAUAUCCUCGAUGAGUCGGCUCGUGCGUAUCGUACCACGACCCUCCGUCAACUCAACGGGUCGUCCGCCAGACCCUGGUCCGCGAGAUCGCGACAUCAGGCCCAUCAUCAUCAUCCUCCCCCCACCCGGUCGACCCACGCGUCGCAGCCGGUACUGGUAAGAGCCUAUUCAGGCGGUCCCCAUGAUUCCCAAGAAACGUCCAAGAUGCCAUCGCGGCGAUCAUUCCUCUUCACGGGUGGCUCUGGCUCCGGGUCCCAGAAUCGUGGGCCCCCACUCCCGUCCCACGAGGACUUCGGCAUCGAUAGCAUUCUACGCGCCAUUGAACCCAACAUCAGAGGCACCCUAGAGUCCAUCGGCGAGAUAUGCGGUCGCAGCAAACUCAGCCUCGCCAACGAAUACGGUAGCCAUAUCGCUCCCUUGGGCGAGAUCCGCGCCCCGGCAGGCGGUCUCUUGACUGUCGAAGAGGCGAGCUCGGACCAUGAACGACAGCUCGACAACGUCGUUAUCUACGACGACGAGCCGAGUCUCCUCGACGGACGGGAUGUGCCCCGCUCUCACGCUGAUUACUGGGACCAUCGUCUCCCGCAUGGGGCGGCUGUCUAUCCGUCCACGAUACCCCUUUCUCGAGAGGCGCCGCCUGCCCAACCAUCGGCAGACGCCUGCGGGAAGGAUGCCCCGACAGUUCCGACUACGCGAGAGUUCGUAUCGAGUCCCAAAACUGGCGGUCGCGCGUUCCUGCAGAAACAGGCGCACUCAAGCGGCGAUGACCACAGACAACGGAUCCUUACCCCGGCUGUAGUGUCCGAGGUGCUUCUCGACGCGCGAGCAGAAAGCCACCAACCCGAUCCCCUGUUGACGUCGGACGGCGGCGCGGCAGAGACGGGGGUGGGCGCUGUGGACGCAGACGCGGACGUCAGACCGCGACGCUGGCGAUCGCCUUCCGAGUCGGAACGGCCGUCGAUGGGCGCAGAUGCGCAGGCGCUAUUUGGCUGGCUCAGGACUGCCCGCGACGGUCGGACCGAUAGGCCGACGGCGGAGAUGAGACUGCGAGCGAUGUUGGAGAGGCCGCGGGAGGUGGCUCAUGCAGAGUAGUCUUGUCUUUUUGACCUGGAGAUGAGAUCUACCAUUACUGUCUACCCUUGAUACGGUCUACACUGGAUGUCAG